CGCGGCCGCCGGAGAGGCAAGCAGCCGAGCCAGCCGCGAUGAAGGACCGGACGCAGGAGCUGCGCACGGGCAAGGACAGUGACGAUGACGAUGAAGUUGCUGUUGGAGUGGACCGGGACCGGUUCAUGGACCAUUUUUUCGAACAGGUGGAAGAGAUCCGGGGUUUCAUAGACAAGAUUGCUGAGAACGUCGAAGAGGUGAAGCGAAAGCACAGCGCCAUUCUGGCAUCCCCCAAUCCUGACGAGAAAACCAAAGAAGAGCUGGAGGAGUUGAUGUCCGACGUCAAAAAGACGGCCAACAAAGUCCGCUCCAAACUCAAGAGUAUUGAACAAAAUAUCGAACAGGAAGAAGGGCUGAACCGAUCGGCAGCCAAUUUGAGAAUAAGGAAGACUCAACAUUCUACUCUGUCGCGGAAGUUUGUGGAGGUGAUGUCAGAAUACAACACAACCCAGACAGACUAUCGGGAGCGCUGCAAGGGACGGAUCCAAAGGCAGUUGGAAAUCACUGGCCGAACCACCACGAGUGAGGAACUCGAGGACAUGCUGGAAAGUGGGAAUCCAGCCAUUUUCUCCUCUGGGAUCAUCAUGGACUCCAACAUCACCAAGCAAGCCCUGAAUGAGAUCGAGACGCGGCACAGCGAGAUCAUCAAACUGGAGACCAGCAUCCGGGAGCUUCACGACAUGUUCAUGGAUAUGGCAAUGUUGGUGGAGAGCCAGGGCGAGAUGAUCGACCGCAUCGAAUACAACGUGGAGCACUCAGUGGACUACGUGGAGCGGGCCGUGUCGGAUACCAAAAAAGCCGUCAAGUACCAGAGCAAAGCCAGGCGGAAGAAAAUCAUGAUCAUCGUCUGCUGCGUGGUGCUGGGGAUCGUCAUCGCCUCCACCUUUGGUGGGAUUUUCGGCUAGGAGGCAACCGCCCGGACUCUCGUCUUUGGGAAAGCGGAGGUGGAGAGAUGUGGCCGAGCUGCCAGCCUGCGGGGACGACCCUUCCUGUUCCGCCCGACCCACACGGCCAUCACGGGGAAGCCUUGCCGACCAGCACUUCCGUUUCUAAUGCAUGAUCGUCUGUGUUAACGCUGUGUGUCCGGUACAGUGUACGUGGGGAGGGGUGGUGCUGUGGCAUGCUGGGAAGGGGCAGCGGGGUCCUGGGGCCUGUGUUAUUGAUCAUCGCCGGGCUUCUCUGGCAUCACUGCAGAGGUCCUUCGCGCCUGCCUUUUCGGCCUCGAUUUCAAGACCCCUUCCCCGUGGAGCUGGAGCAAGAGGACCCUUUCCCUGUCCCCCUUUUCCACAAAGCGGAGCCUGUUGUCGUUGCAGCCCUGAGGAACGAGCUGCCGUCGUCCCAGGCCUAAAGGCCAAUCGAGCCAUUUCCCGGCCAUUGGUCACCCCGGAAGGAGGCGAGGCGCUCUCUCUGCCCAAGCUCUGGCAGCCGCGGUCACCUUUCCCCUUUCUCUCCUUAGCACUGCCAGAGGGCUGUUUGGUUUUCCUAUUCUGCAGCUCCAGGUGAGAGCUGUGGUUGCCGAAGGGACAGCUGGGUAGUCUUUCCGGGGCAAAUCCAUCUCCCCUAUUUUUUCACUCUAGUUUACGCCUGACGCUCCCUUCGGGCCGUUUCUCUGGAUCUUUAGAACCGCGUUUUCUCCCCAAUGGGGACCCAAAAUGGCCUGCAUGUUGGGGUGUGGGGUUUUUUUUGCCUUUUUCUCUUUCAUGCUCACAACCACCCUCCUGCGAGAGCAGAACUGGUCCCAGUGAGAUUCCUCAGCAGAAGGGGAAUUCGAACCUGGGUGUUGCGAAUCCUCUGAUCCUCUUAAGCUCUACACCAAACGUGACUGAUAUUUUUUCAAUUGGCUCCUAUUUCGCCCUUUAAAGGAGAGAGGCAGCAAGACUCCACCCCCCUCCCCAUACUUCAGCCUGAGAGAGGCCUUUCACUCAGCGGGGGGGGAGGGGAUUCUUUAUGGCCCCUCCAUGCCUCCCCAGUGUAAAAUAUGAGCAGGGUAGAUGUUUACAUUUGUGUCUUGUGCCCAAAGACUGAUGCUUAUGGUCUCCUCCCUCAUAGACCCAGCUGCAAACCCACGGCUUUGUACCACGUCACGUG